UGCAAUCUCUGCACCGCACCGUCCUAAUCCUCUUUGAUUUUCCUUCGUUGCAUCCUUUGUUGACGCGUUGCAGCCGAGAGCCGCUGAGGCCGUCAAGAAGAAAAGUACCGCAUCUCGAGCAGAAGUCUGGGUUCUCGAGAGCAUGCUGGCGCUUGAUACGUGUCGCAUGAAGAGCAGAUAGUGACGGCGAGACUGUGAGAUAUGCAUAGGGCAGCAACUGGUGAAAUUUUGAGGUGGAUGGGUCGACGGAUUGUGUAUCCGAAUUUGCAUUCAUGGUAACGACUAGGUGGUUGAGGACAAAAGCCGAAAUUGUUGAUUUGUCACAAUUAAUAUGUCAAUUCGUCCGCACCAUAAGACACGAAGUGGAUGCAAAACAUGCAAGCGACGCAGAGUCAAGGUAUGCACUUAUUGUCGGCCCUUGUACAGUCGACUCAGUCGUUGCCAAAAUAAAGUGCGACGAGGAACGUCCUAUGUGCAAAAACUGUACGAGAAGAGGCAUAGAAUGUGUCUGGAUCAACCCAGCACCAUCUAUCCAUCCCCCUUCCACAGUAUCGAGGCAUACUGGCGCAGGUUCAUUCGACCUGCUGACUCUCGAGCUCAUGCACCACUAUGCUGCCGCUACUUCCCACUCACUUUCUUCUGAUCCUGCUGCCGCAAGCGUAUGGCGAAUCGUCAUUCCCAAAAUCGCGUUCAAUCCUAAAAAUCAAUGUCUCCUCUGUGCUAUUCUCGCCAUGUCCGCGCUUCAUGCUCACUACGCUGAUCCCACGGCAGGUCAGUACGCUGUAGCUGCGAGCACCUACCACCAGCAGGCCAAAACGGAGUUACAUAGGGCAGAAGCGGAUGGAAAGACGGAUAUUGAUGCCGUCUUUCUCACUUUGUCUCUUGUCGCACUUUAUGAGUUCGCUACGUCAUCCAUAAUCUCCCUAUACUCUGGCGAGUGGCAUAUCACGAUCCGUAGUAUCCCCCUCAAGGUUGCAAAAAGCUGGCCACAGCUCCAGGAUGGUGUUCUGCGUCCAAUGCUGGUCACAAUGGCGCCAGUGAUCAUACCUACAUCUUUUGAAGAACCGUUUCCAUCAUCCUUAUCGACCCUUUUGGGCACGGCGCACCCGUCACCAGACGUUGGGGAGUUUCAUGACGUAUCGGUGUACGAUGCCUAUAAAGAUACGAUACGUAUCCUCAAGAUAUCAUGGAAAGCCUCAUUUCAGAAAGAUUACUGUAUGUAUGCAUCGUGUAUGUGGUGGUCAAUGGUACCCAAUAUGUACUUUCGCUUGUUGGAAGAGCGGAAACCGCGGGCACUCAUCAUCUUGGCGCAUUACUACGUUAUGAUGAAAAGGGUGGCGGAGGAUGGCCCGUGGUGGGUGAGAAAGCAGUGGGGUAAUGAGGCAGCAAGGAUCGUCUCUGCACUUGAUGUGCGAUGGACACCUUGGCUGGGAUGGCUCUCGAGUCAGUUGGACCAACCAUAUGAGGGUCAGCCAUUUCACUUCGCGGGCACGGAUUCCAUGAAUUGGUUGAACGAGGUAGGAUCAUUGAUGCCUCCUGCCCUGGAUUUCAUGAAUUGGUGGAGUGAGGCUGGAUCGUUAAAUUAGGGCAGGAGGCAUUAUAUCCUGCUAUCUGAAAUAUACCACCGAUAGAUACGAAUUUUCCAAGUAUGAGCAGCAGCUGUACAAUGUCCGAGUAGUAGAUAAUGUUGUAAGUCCGAGUUCACAACUGUAGAUUAGGUUUCUCUUGCAUCAGAGGUGC